UUACUGGGGCAUUACAUCCAGCCGGAGAUGAACUGCUAUCACACCACCGCAUUGGAACUUCCACUGCAUGGAAGUUUUCAGUGGUGAGUGACUGGCCGCCAUUCAAGCAAAUGAAAACAACAUUAUGAAUUCGACGGACAGGUGUGCUGGCGGCAUCGACAUUACCGUAAGGAAACACUAACUAAUGCGAGUUGUCUUUAUUGACGUCGUGGCUUAAUAGGUGUUUGACAAUAUGGAAGGGCAGCGUUUCCAAAGGUUUGAUAGGAGCAGAAGCCAGACGUCCUUUGAAACAUUGUCUGAAGGGGAAGGUACAGAUGUAGGUUCAGAAGACAACCAAGGUGACACAUAUUUCAAUGAACGCGCUGCGGACUUCGAAACUAUGAAAGGAGAAAGAGACGAAAAGGCAGACGGGAAGAGUGUGGCAGACGAUGCCGAGGAACCGGCUCAUGAAGAAGAGGAAGACGAAGAUGAAAUGUUGGACAACAUCCUGUACCCUCCUUCCCUACCCUUCCGCAAAUCCAGCAACCCGGAGUUGACCCACUGCUCAGGCCUGGCGCUGAAGUUCAAGAGGCAGCUGAGCGACGACGGCAAGAACCUGCGCCGGGGAAGCCUAGGGGGAGCUCUCACAGGGAAGUACCUGCUCCCCUACGCCUCCGCCCUGCAGUCGUGGACCCCCCCCUCCGAGACCUCCAACCUGGUGCGCAUGCGCUCCCACACCCUGGGGUCCUCCGCCCCCUCCCUCACAUCCAGCCUGAAGGAGUUGAGCCUUCCUAGAAGAGGCAGUUUCCUCACUCCGCGAAGCUUGAGCCCGACUCCCACCAGCCCCUGCAGCCCGUGCAGCCCGCUGCACGCUUUUCAUUUUUGGAGCUGCAGAACAAGCAACCGAAAAAGCCUGAUAGGAAGCGGUCAAUCUUCAGCCCUGCCGCGCCCCCAUUCCCCCCUGUCGUCACAUACAGGAACAAGUCCACAAGACAGCCCCAGAAACUUCUCUCCUAGUGCCUCAGCCCACUUCUCCUUUGCACGCAGUCAUUACCACAGAGCAGACAGGACCGAUGGACGGCGUUGGUCCCUGGCCUCCCUCCCCUCCUCUGGCUAUGGCACCAACACACCCAGCUCCACCAUCUCUUCGUCCUGUUCAUCACAGGAGAAGCUUCACCAGCUGCCUUACCAGCCCACGCCGGACGAGCUGCACUUCCUCUCCAAGCACUUCUGCACGGAGAGCAUCACCGGGGACGACUGCCGGAGAGUCACGCCCAUGCGACCGCGCUCCCGCAGCCUCAGCCCUGGAAGAUCCCCAUCAUGCUGUGACCAUGAGAUUAUCAUGAUGAACCACGUGUACAAGGAACGUUUCCCGAAGGCCACGGCCCAGAUGGAGGAGAGGAUACAGGAGAUCAUCCGGAGCAGUUCUCCGGAGAGCAUCCUCCCCUUGGCAGACGGCGUCCUGGGCUUUGCCCACCACCAGAUCAUCGAGCUGGUCCGAGACUGCCUGGAGAAGAGCCGGCUGGGUCACAUCACGUCACGCUACUUCUGCGAGCUCACCGACAAACUGGAGAGGCUCUUUCAGGAGUCCACGGAGAGAUCUGAGAAAAUAGCCCAGCUGACCAGCUACGACAGCGGGAUCGCACAGACCCCAGAGACCGAUGACUCCUCCCACAGCCUGAGCGCGUCGCUCCAGUCCAGGCGGAAGCCCUGCGAAAUAGACUUCGAGAUGACCAAGCUCAUCAGCAACGGAGCCUAUGGAGCGGUGUACCUGGUGAGACACAAGGAGACCAAGCAGCGCUUCGCCAUGAAGAAGAUCAACAAGCAGAACCUGAUCCUGAGGAACCAGAUCCAGCAGGCCUUCGUGGAGCGGGACAUCCUCACCUUCGCCGAGAACCCCUUCGUGGUCUCCAUGUUCUGCUCCUUCGAGACGCGCAGGCACCUCUGCAUGGUCAUGGAGUACGUGGAAGGAGGAGACUGUGCCACCCUGCUGAAGAACAUGGGCCCCCUGCCCGUGGACAUGGCCAGGAUGUACUUUGCUGAGACGGUCCUGGCCCUGGAGUACCUCCACAACUACGGCAUCGUCCACAGGGACCUCAAACCUGACAACUUGCUGGUCACGUCCAUGGGCCACAUCAAGCUGACAGACUUUGGACUCUCCAAGGUGGGCUUGAUGAACAUGACCACCAACCUCUACGAGGGCCACAUUGAGAAGGAUGCCAGGGAGUUUUCUGACAAGCAGGUGUGCGGUACGCCCGAGUACAUCGCCCCAGAGGUGAUCCUGCGGCAGGGCUACGGCAAGCCGGUGGACUGGUGGGCCAUGGGCAUCAUCCUGUACGAGUUCCUGGUGGGCUGCGUGCCUUUCUUCGGAGACACGCCCGAGGAGCUGUUCGGACAGGUCAUCAGCGACGAGAUCAACUGGCCAGAAGGGGAGGAAGCCCCACCUGUAGACGCACAGGAGCUCAUCACCUUGCUGCUCCGACAGAACCCCCUGGAGAGGAUGGGCACCGGUGGGGCUGUGGAGGUGAAACAUCACCAGUUUUUCCACAACCUGGACUGGAACAGCCUGCUGAGGCAGAAGGCCGAGUUCAUCCCCCAGCUGGAGUCUGAGGACGACACCAGCUACUUCGACACGCGUUCCGAGAGGUACCAUCACCUGGAGACCGAGGAAGAGGACGCCAAUGAGGAAGACUUCAACGUGGAUCUGCGGCAGUUCUCCUCCUGUUCUCACAGGUUCUCCAAGGUGUACAGCAGCCUGGACCUGUCCCGCGGCCAGUUGGAGGAGAAGGGCGAGGCUGAGGAGAAGAAGAGUGAGAGCCCGCUGACUGUGGACUCGCUCAGCUGGACGCCCGACUUCCCCGAAAUGCCGUCCCUCUCCCACUCCUCCGACACAGAGAGCCCCUGCCAGUGCCCCGGCCCUCGCUCAGGACAGCUCCCCAAGUUCGCCAUCUCGGCCGAGAGCGAGGAUGGAGACGAGUCGGUCGGCUCUCAGGACCCCGGCAAGGCGGCCUUCUCCAUCGGAGAGCUUCCCCAGGACGACCCUGACGCCACCACCCCCGGCAGCACCCACAGCGGGGCCACUCUCUCCGGCAGCUUCUCUGAGCUCCUGGACCAGCUGCCGUCCAGAGGAGAGGGGGUCGACAGCCCCGACGGCUCCUCGUCCAAACCCUCUGCCGAGCCCCAGCCUGCCACCCUGCGGCCAGACAGGCCCGGGGACAAGCAGGCGGCCGGGGCCAAGGUGCCCAAGUCCCACUCGGCUAGUGCCCUCUCCCUCAUGAUCCCAGGAGAUAUAUUUGGGCGUGUCCCCUUCCUGGCCAGCCCCAUAUCUCCCUACUCCCUCUCCUCUGAACCCUCCACCCGAGACUCCUCCCCCAGCCGGGACUCCUCCCUCUGUGCCGUCAGCCCUCGGCAACCCGUCGUCAUCCACAGCUCGGGGAAGAAGUUUGGCUUCACGCUGAGAGCGAUCCGGGUGUACGCGUGCGACGGCGACGUCUACACGGUCUACCACAUGGUCUGGAACGUGGAAGAAGGUGGUUGUGCACACAAGGCUGGGCUGAGGGCUGGUGACCUCAUCACCCACGUGAACGGAGAACCCGUCAACGGCCUGGUCCACACCGAAGUAGUGGAGCUCCUUCUGAAGAGUGGCAGUAAGGUGACCAUCUCCACAACCCCAUUUGAGAACACGUCCAUCAAGACCGGUCCUGCCCGGAGGAACAGCUACAGGAGCAAGAUGAUCCGACGCACCAAGAAACCCAAGAAGGAGAAAACCCAAGAAAGGCGACGGUCGGUGUUCCGGCGCUUCGCCAUGCAGCCCUCGCCCCUGCUCCACACCAGCCGCAGUUUCUCCUCCCUGAACCGCUCGCUGUCCUCCGGGGAGAGCCUGCCGGGCUCCCCCACCCACAGCCUCUCCCCCCGCUCCCCCACCACGGCCUUCCGGCCCGCGCCCGACUUCAGCCAGUCAGGUGGCACGUCCUCCCAGAGCAGCUCCCCCAGCUCCAGCGCCCCCAACUCCCCCGCCGGCUCGGGCCACAUCCGCCCCAGCACCCUCCACGGCCUGGGCCCCAAGCUCACCAGCCAGCGGCUGCGCCGCAAGUCCGCCGGCAGCAUCCCUCUCUCCCCGCUGGCCCGCACGCCCUCCCCCACUCCUCAGCCCACCUCGCCCCAGCGCUCGCCCUCGCCCCUCCUCAGCGGCCACGCCGUCUGCAUCGCCAAGACCAGCCAGGCCUUCCCGGCCAAGAUGCACUCGCCGCCCACCAUCGUCCGCCACAUGGUGCGGCCCAAGAGCGCCGAGCCGCCGCGCUCGCCCCUCCUCAAGAGGGUCCAGUCGGAGGAGAAGCUGUCGCCCUCCUACGCCAGCGACAGGAAGCACCUGUGUUCCCGGAAGCACAGCCUGGAGGUGACCCAGGAGGAGGCCCAGGGAGAGGAGCCGCGGGCGGGGGAGAAGGACCUCCACGCCCUGCACAGUGUGGAGGAGAUCCACUGCGAACCCCCGGCCAUCACCCGCGUCCGCCCCGCCGAACAGGGCUGCCUGAAGCGGCCGGUCGGCCGCAAGGUGGGCCGCCAGGAGUCCCUGGAGGAGCUGGAUAAGGAGAAGCUGAAAGCCAAGGUGGUGGUGAAGAGGCAGGACUGGCCGGAGAGGAGGGAGUCCCUCCAGAAGCAGGACUCGCAGCACGAGCCCGAGGCCUCCUGCUCUGCCUGUGGGGAAGACAAGGAGAAAGGCCUUUAUCCGGGCCGGCCGCACAGCAACAGCAACCCGGAAUCGGGUACUCCGGAGGGCAAAGCCGCUAGCUCCACCCUCAAGGAUGUGCUGUACAAGAAACUCAACACCCGUGCCUGUGAAGGCCUCUCCGAGCCACUAGGGGGCGGCAGCUGUGACUCAGCCUCCCACCACAGCGAGGGCCUAGCCAGGUCACCUCUCUGCUCCAUCCACCCUGACUGGCCGAUGUCCAGGAACGGCAAGGAGCCGGGCAAAGCGGACCGGAUGGACUUCAAAGCCCCCAACAUAGAGUUCACCAGGAAGAGGCAGUCCUUCGACGACCGCGACGACUGCAUGUGCCGCCUCUCCCCGGGCCAUCACGACGGCCACCACUUUGGCUCCAUGCGCUCCAAGAGCCUGCAGCUGGAUUCGGCUCUGGUUUUGGACCACGUCAAGGGAGGGUUGGGCGGCGUCCACUCCAACCCCGAGGGCCUGUCCCCCAAGCUGUUCCCCGGGAGGGGAGAGAGCGCCGUGGAGAAGCUCCAGCUCAUCUCCUCCUCCUCGGAGGGCCCUCUCCGGAAGACCUCGUCAGAGUACAAGCUGGAGGCCCGCCUGGUCUCCUCCCUCAAGCCCCUGGAGGGGACCCUGGACAUCGGCCUGUUGUCCGGCCCCAGAGCCUCCAAGACGGACACCUGCCUGUCCAAGAUGGCCGACGGCUUGCAUGACAGCGCGUCCGUGGGCCCGCCCGCGUGGAUGCAGAGCCCCACGGAGAGACACGCGUCUUCCCCGCAGCCCAGACCAGGCGACAAGCACAAGGCCUCGCUGAUGAAUUCAUCUCCCCCCAGAGUCCCCGGGUCUCUCUCCGCCCCGCCUCCGCCCAAAGAGCAGCCCGCCGUCGCCGGCCUGGAGAAACCCCAGGACAACCCCGGUCCCAGGGAACCGCCGCUGAAGGCCUCCCCCAAGGGAGAGGCCUCGGAGGUGGGUGGGAAGCAGGAGAGCAGGUCUGGGGCGAAGGCCGCUCCUCAGACGCCGCACGACGUCUGGAGCUCCAGACACAGCGGACACUUCUCCUGCGGGAAGACCCCCUCCAUCCGAGAGGUCAGCAACGAGGACCAGGAGGACGAGGGGGCGGAGUUACCGGAGGCUCCCACCCCGGCCCUGCCCGGCCGUCCUGCCGAGAAGCUCCCCGCCGGUCCACCCGUGACGGGGAAGGAAAGCUUCGACGGGCGAACGGGCUCGGGUCGCCAGCCGAGCCCUGACAACCACGGCCCGGCCUCGACGCCGGGCUUAGGCACAACCUCCGCUCCGCAUGGGACUACUUCCAGCCCAGUGUCGGUUCACUACGUUUUGCCGGACCUGCACCAUCUCUCGAAGCAUCCGGUGAGCUUCAACCCUCUGUCUCCACACGGCACACCUCAGGUGUGUACGCCGACUCCAACCCCAAGGGAGACGACCACAACAUGGGUUCCCACGGUACCGGGUCAGCCCAGCGUCGACAAGCCCCAGUCCUCGCGCCAGGUCCAAGUAACCAGGCCAGCUCAGCCCGGCGACGACGCCGGUUUGUCAUCGGCUGAGAGGGACAACAAAUCCGGCAGUGUCGUUGAAACAUCGGAGAUGAGAGACCCGCGGCACCGACCUGCUCCGCAGUGCGUCAGUCCUAAAACGAGCACGAACGCUACAGCGGCAAAACCGGAGGGCUCGAAGAUCUUCGAGGAGAAGAGAGGCAACGUCCGUGACGCCAGGCAGGUGGUCGGUAGCAGCGCAUGUAAGCAGAACGUCGAAGGGCCCACUUCACCAAAGACGAAGAGUAGCAAUGUCAAGGCCACGGAAAUGGAGCAGCUUUCGUCAACGAACUUCCCCGGGGAAAAGGCACUGGUCAGAGGUGCCGGUGAAGCGAAAAAUCCUGUCUGUCAAAAGCAACCGGCGUUCAAAGAGGCCGUUUCUGCCCAGACAGCAACGCAGUCACCACCACCGGCUCCUGUCAGGACGAAACAACCCGUCUUGAAUCCCAAAAGUAAGCCGAGCCAACCUGUGUCCCAGAGCUCUGGGAAGACGGAGUCAGGGACCCAGAUACAGAGAACUGUAGGGAAAUCUCCUACCCCAGUUCCGGCCCCAGUCCCUGUCGCUAAAAUGAGUCUAGAAUCCAAACAAAGAGACCUCCAUCCCAAUAACCCAGUUACCAGCUCCCCGGUUACAUGCGCCCACAACUCAAAACAAAAGGAACUCUCAUUCAAAUCCCCUGUCCAAAUCCAAGUUCUCAAGGAUAACCUCGAGUUAAAGCAGAAAUCUCCCCCUGCCAGAACGCCGGCCCAAGCUGUGAAGCUGUGCUCCCCUCUUGUCCCUCCUCUCAGACAAACCCUGGAGGCCAGGCAGAAAGAGCCCUCAUCCAGACCUCUGUCCUCAGCCCCAGCACCUGGCAUAAAGGAGAACCCUGACCUGCUGGAAGCAGCCCUGGCCUCUCCCCAACCGAAGGAGCCCCCCAGGGCUGUCGGCCCCUCCCAGACCAGCCCCCCCCCGGCCAGGAGCGUCCCAGCAGCGAGGAGAGAAGCACAUCCGCCCAGCGUGGCGGUCGUCAUCGGCAGGUCGGCCAGCAGUGUGGUGCAGGAGGCUGUGUUCUCCAGAGAAGGCCCAAGGAUGGACACUAAGAGAGGCCCUGCCGGGAUGGACGUGGCCGGGCCUGUGGAACACACCUCCACCCCCACGCCCCAGCCCAAGCACAGCCUAGGCGAACCCAGGCCCGCACACUCAGACAAACAGACGGCGUCCGGCCGCAAAGAGCACGCAGAGAAGAAGAGGAAGGAGGCAGCGGAGGCAGAGGCGGCGGCGUCCCUGAAGAACGCCAGAAGGGAGGCGGGAAGAGUGGGGGCCGCGGCCUCCAGAGACGCUCCGGGUCCUGAGAGGGACUCGGCCCGCGUCAAGCAGCCUAAGGAGUCGCCGCGUUCCUCCCUCCACAGGAAGUGAAGCCCUCCACAGGAAGUGAAUCCCUCCACAGGAAGUGAAGCCCGCCCGACCCUGGAGGACGGUCGGCGGCGGUCGUUUGCUUCCGCGAGCUCCGAAGAGGAAAAAGCGAGACAGACUUUUCUCUUUGUGUGUCGUGUUAUCAUCAUGCCUUGUUUUUUGUUUUGUUUUUUGUUUUGAGAACCGGGAAAGCUGUUACAGUGUUUAUACGGUGUUCGAGGCGUGUCUGGCCGUGCGUGCGUGAGCUGCUCUGAAUGUUGCAAACUAAACGAGAAAAGAUUGUCGACACUGUCGAUGUACGCGAUAAGGAUUUUUGACUGAAUGUAGAUAAUGAUUUGCUGCUGAUUUGCUGUCCCCUUAACACAUUCUCUGCUGAGCGGGAAAAAAAAAAGUGUCAAAUUGUACCAAGUGAAUGUAAAGCGCUUGAUGACAGCAGAGAGGAAUGUGCAAUUAACAUUUCAGAGAUGGAUGUGAAGAUCGUAUUCAGAGUAUAGAUCAGUGCCAAUAGGGGAUUUUGUAAUUGCACUCUUAGUUCUAGGCUUCGGACCGCCUGUUAUUGAAAGAGUCAAACUUUCGAUGCAAGUAGACUGAUGUGCGUGUCAUUUCCUUGAGAACCCCCCCCUCCAUUUCAUUCACCUCUGGCACAUCAGAUCCAGCGAUUAGGAAGUAAGUCACUGUGCCCAUCAUUUAAUAUUACUCUUUAACCCCAGCCACCAAGACGCUGAUAUGGAAAGCAUAGUCGUGUGACGUUUCACGAUAUUUUAAACCUCCAGGUGCAGUUUGUGGGUUUAUAGUUUGGGGUAGUGGUACAUGGAAGGAACACUGUGUUCUGUGCUUCUUACCUGGAAAUGUUUCAUAAUGGAAUCAGCUUCUGGUUGAGGAAUCCUGUGUGUGGGAGGGGCCUCAGGGUGGAGGAGCGUAGAACGUGCCGUUCUGAGCAGGUUGUGGUGUUGUUCACAUUCCGUCGCAUACUCUACAUCUCUGUAUUUCUAAAACUUUAAUUGUUAUGCAAUAUAUUGUAAAUACGAAAAUACUGUAAAAAAAAAAAAAAAAAAAAAAAAAAAACACGACAACAUUGGGAUACAUGGGCUUAAUGUCAAAUAUUAGUGUUUGUUUUAUAUGUAUAUAUUUUGCAAUGUCAUGUUUGUAUACUUAAUGAUAUGUCAUUUCGGAGAAUCAUGCUUGAUAAUUCUGUGGUCUAGAAUAAGCUAAAUGUGUAACGUCCGUCUGUGUCAACACAACAUCCUCUCUCCAGUGUAGUCCUUUUAAUGCGAUAUAAAUGUGCUCUGAAUUUUACUUGAAGAGAUGGAAAUGAGAGGUGAAGGAGUGACUGUACUUCCUAAUAAUAAAUGUAGCGUACCACCACGUAAAGAAACUUCGCUGAGGUUAAGUGGUUCCCCAGUUUGUUCCCACAGUGGAUUGUAUUUGUUUGAAGGAUAAGACAUGAGAGUGGAGGUUGAGAGUUCAAAUAUGUUGAGUAGAUGCGUCAGAAAGUAAGUCACCAAGUUUCUCCAGCCAUAAGUAGACUCAAAACACAGUGAUAUUCACCAAUUCUAAGAAUACUUUUCCACCUUGAACGUUUAAUGCAAUAUUUAUGAUACGGGUUCACAUCAGAAUUGAUAUCUAGAAACUAGUAGCAUGAUAUUCAAUCAACCGUUUUAGUUCUGAGAUCUGCCUACCUAUAAGCAAUGCAGUACUCUUUGCAAAAGAUUAAUGUGAAAAUGCACAUAGAAUCUAGUUAUGGAUAAGGUUGAACAAUCAUUUUUAAAGGACUGACGUCACAAUAUUCACCCCGUAGUUCAGUAUGUCAUUCUAUUAGACUGUUGAUGUUCAAAUAAAUGUAGUUGUGUGUAUUUCCACCAUCUGUUGACAUCUAUGAUACAUUCAUACGGAUGACUUUACUGUAGAUGAUAAGCCUUUCAAUUUCCAGUCCUUAAUAUCAACCUGAAAGUAGAUUUCUUAGUGUGCUACACAGUGUUAACUCAAUGUAAACCAUAUUCAAUAUUCUCCUUUGGGUUUGUUGGAUAAAGAACCUGUAGAUGCUGUACGUGAAAUGGUCUGAACUGUACAUAGUAAUGGCCGACUUGACCCAAGAAAAAACAAAACAAAUGAGAUUGAUUGUAGAGAUUUUUUAUGAUCGGAAUCUGACGUUUGAUCGUCUCAUGAAUUAAAUAAUGUAAAUGUAUUGUCUAAUGUUUGGAAAGAGUACUUGGCACCUUGAUGUUGGACAACAAUCCCCUCUAGUGGAAGUAGUUGGGGGAGGGGGGGGUAAAAAGAUAAUGUGAGUGUCUGAUAGGCUGUGAGUUUUCUAAGGACAAGGAGACUCAAUCUUAAAAACGUAAUUAGAAUGAUUGCAAACAAUCUUUUUUCCCCCCUGCCUUUUUUUUCCAGAAUACUGACAUUUAAAUAAAAAGAAUAAAAAAAUAAAAAGCACAUUAAAUGUUUGUUUACAAGUACUU